UUUCCUUGACAUGAUAACAAGAAACAGCCGUCACUUUACAUAACUGAUGUGGGCUGUGAAUAUAUUCAUUUGAACACUAUUCAGCAGUGGACAAAGAGUCGUCUGUCAACAUCAUAUGGGACUGCCUAAACUGGUAGCGAUGACAGAUCACUGAGAAGGACGAUGCUUGAGGUGAGGUCGACUGGUUUCCGUUUGUACGAGCAGCGACACCAAGCGGAGGAUCCGAAAACCAGUCUGGAGAUCCAAUGACACACUGGCAGCAGGAGAUGUUCUGGCGGUUCCUGGUCCUGGGCCUCCUGGUGGCCCUGUUGGAUGGGGUGGCAGCAUCAUCAACAAAUUGUACGAGGAACUGUGAAAUAUGUGAAGAUGGAUGUUUAUGGUGCAAUGAUGGAUAUUACAAAAGAUAUGGGAAGUGUAAAGAAUGUUUUCCGAAUUGUAGAAGAUGUUUUCAUGAUGGCAUGUGAAAAUUCCACUGUAAAGAAUGCUGGUAUGGCUUAUACUGUUCUCGGCCGUGUUCGUGUAGUUAUGGCAUCUGUGACAAGUACACUGGGACUUGUCCUGACGAAACAGGUUCGUGUUUAACGCCACACUCAGCAAUAUUCCAGCUACAUGACGGGCCUGGCCACCCCAUCAGAGAUCCUGACCACCGAUCCUGUUAGUCGCCUCAAACGACAAGCAUGUGUUGCUGAAGACCUAUUUUAACCCGGAUCUUCAGUGGUCAAUCGGUAUAUCAAAAUGUAGUGAGUGCACUUCGUAUACAUGAAAUUAUAUAUUAUCAGCUUCUUAACACAAACUCAUUGUUACUUGUGACGGUAAGCUCCCAAUUUGUGUCAUUAACCACAGGGAACUAUUGACGGUGAACACCGCCCAUGUCAGCAUAACAUUGGCAUCAUUAUUCACAGGUAAUUAUCGAUGGUUAACACCGCCCGCGAGCGAUUUCCUUGACAUGAUGGCAAGGAACGGUCGUCACUAAGUCUUUACAUCACUGGUGUGCGCUGUGAAUAUAUUGCUUUGAACACUAUCGCGAAAUGAACAUAGAGCAGUCUGUCAAUAUCAUAUGAGACUGCCUAAACUGGUACCGACGACGGAUCACUGAGAUUUGCGCUGCUUGAGGCGGGGUCGACUAGAUUCCGUUUGUACGAGCAGCGACGACACCAAGCGGAGAAUCCGGAAACCAGUCUAGAUGUGAGGCAGCUGUUUUGUUGUUUUAUUCCAAUCGUCGUUCAGUGGAUAUAGAUCCAAUGACACACUGGCAGCAGGAGAUGUUCUGGCGGUUCCUGGUCCUGGGCCUCCUGGUGGCCCUGUUGGAUGGGGUGGCAGCAUCAUCAACAAAUUGUACGGAGGGCUGUAGAAUAUGUGCAGAUGAAUGUUUAAUGUGCGAAAAGGGAUAUUACAGAAGUUAUGGAGAGUGUGAAGAAUGUAAACCGAAUUGUAGAAGAUGUUUUCGUGAUGGCAUGUGUUAUUUCGACUGUACCGAUGGCUGGUAUGGCUUAGACUGUUCUCGACCGUGUUCGUGUAGUUAUGGCAUCUGUGACAAGUACUCUGGAACUUGUCCUUACAAACCAGAUCCACCGGUAUUGGUUUCGGGCAAUGACGAGGACGCCGAGGAUGUCGCCGAGGACGACGGAUUAACAGGAAAAAUAUUCAUUAUCAUCGCAUGCAUCCUCCCAAUCUUUGUUACAUGUGUUUGCUGCAUGAGAAAGAAGAGGAAACAAAAUGAGGAACAGAUGGCUCUUGACAACACAGAUAUAGUCCCUCCAUCUCAGAAGUUAUUACCAGGGCAGGUCCCGAUAACUAUGAGGUCCACCAAUACAACCCACGCGAACUCUUUUGCGGGCAAUUUUACAAGCUACAUCAGUGGCGAUUUUGAUGGCAAUAACAUAAUGUGUCCUCCACGAGAAACGAACAUUGCACCACCCCCUUUGGCCACAUAUAGUGGACAACAAACGGAUGUUGCACUGACACAUUGCACCACAAAUAGUAGACAAGACACGGAUAUUGCAACAGCCCCUUGCGCCACAUAUGGUGGACAACAAACGAACGUAGGACCACUCCCUAGUGCCACAUAUUGUGAACAACAAACGGACAUAGGAUCAUCCCUUAGCGCCUCAUAUAGUGGACAGCAAACAGAUAUUGCACCACCACCUCCCUACACUCCAAGUGGGCAACAGGCAAACAUUCUCCCGCCACCGUCAUAUGAAUCUCUUUUUAAUUCAAACAGAGAACACACCCAAUAAGAAAUGAAAUGCGAAAAUGAACCACCGUUAUAGCACUUUGACAUGACAAAUAUAUUUUGUCUCCUCUAGUAUUACAAAGACACAGGGUGACAUGGGUGCAAUCAAGGCAUUAAAGCAGCUUGUGAGGUUCGCUCUAAUUCAGCUUGAACAUGGAACAAAAAUGGCUUCUACUCAAAUGUAGAUGAUCCAGAUAGGUAUAAUUUUCUGGUGAAGUUGACAUUCUCUGCAUAACUAAAACAGUAUUAUAUGACACUUAUAAAAUUGAGAAUUUGUCUUUAAAUUGUAUAUGUCAAAGUGUGCUUGCAAAGCACAUAAAUCAGUGUGCGAGAGAUCCCGUUGGGGUAGCACUCUUCAUUAAAAAGGCAAAACGCUGUAAACUCUGAACUCAUCAUUUGGAAAGGCUAUACGCUGUAAACUCUGUACUCAUCAUUUGGAAAGGCUAUACGCUGUAAACUCUGUACUCAUCAUUUGGAAAGGCUAUACGCUGUAAACUCUGUACUCACUAUUUGGAAAGGCUAUACGCUGUAAACUCUGUACUCAUCAUUUGGAAAGGCUAUACGCUGUAAACUCUGUACUCAUCAUUUUGAAAGGCUAUACGCUGUAAACUCUGUACGCUGUAAAAAAAUGUUUUGUAUUACUUCAAGAGAUUGCAAGAAAUUUAAAAAAGAGUAUUGAAAUGGGUAUUUCACCUCAAGCAUGGGCAGCAUAUUUUAAGGACAUGUAUCCUCCACAAGAAACGAACAUUGCACCACCCCCUUGGGCCACAUAUAGUGGACAACAAACGGAUGUUGCACUGACACAUUGCACCACAAAUAGUGGACAAGACACGAAUAUUGCAACAGCCCCUUGCGCCACAUAUUGUGGACAUCAAACGAACGUGGGACCACUCCCUAGUGCCACAUAUUGUGGACAUCAAACGAACGUAGGACCACUCCCUAGUGCCACAUAUUGUGGACAUCAAACGAACGUAGGACCACAACUCUAGUGCCACAUAUUGUGAACAUCAAACGGACAUAAGACCACUCCCUAGUGCCACAUAAUGUGGGCAUCAAACGAACGUAGGACCACUCCCUAGUGCCACAUAUUGUGGACAUCAAACGGACAUAGGACCACUACCUAGUGCCACGUAUUGUGGACAUCAAACGAACGUAGGACCACUCCCUAGUGCCACGUAUUGUGGACAUCAAACGAACGUAGGACCACUCCCUAGUGCCACAUAUUGUGGACAUCAAACGAACGUAGGACCACAUCUCUAGUGCCACAUAUUGUGAACAUCAAACGGACAUAGGACCACUCCCUAGUGCCACAUAUUGUGGGCAUCAAACGAACGUAGGACCACUCCCUAGUGCCACAUAUUGUGGACAUCAAACGGAAAUAGGACCACUCCCUAGUGCCACAUAUUGUGGACAUCAAACGAACGUAGGCCCACUCCCUAGUGCCACAUAUUGUGGACAUCAAACGGACAUAGGACCACUCCCUAGUGCCACAUAUUGUGGACAUCAAACGGACAUAGGACCACUCCCUAGUGCCACAUAUUGUGGACAUCAAACGGACAUAGGAUCAUCCCCUAGUGCCACAUUUAGUGGACAGCAAACAGAUAUUGCACCACCACCUUCCUACACUCCAAGCGGACAACAGGCAGACAUUCAACCGCCACCGUCAUAUGAAUUUCUUUUUAAUUCAAACAGAGAACACACGUUAUAGCACUUUGACAUAAGAAAUAUAUUUUUUCUCAUUCAGUAUUACGAUCACACAGGUUGACAUGGGUGUAAUCAAGGCAAUAAAGCAGAUUCUGUGGUUCCAUCUAAUCGAGCUGGAACAUGGAACAAAAAUGGCUUGUACUCAAAUGUAGAAUUUAAAAUUUGAUGAUCCACAUUGGUAUAAUUUCCUGGUGAAUGUUUUUUUCUGCAUUACUUGAUACAGUGUUAUAUGACACUGAUAAAUUUGAGAAUUUGUUUUGAGAUUGUGUAUGUCUUAGUGUGGUAGCAAGUGUGCGAGAUAUCCGGUAGAGGAAGCACUCUACAUUAUAGUAUUUCUCGUCAUUUUGGAAGGCUCUACGCUGUAAACUCUGUAAGUUGUACGCUGUACGCAUUAAAGGUUUUGUAAAGGUGAUUGGCACAACUGAUACAAUGGCAUUAGGUUGAGUUUAUACUCCCCCACAAAUGUCAAACACAUGCGAUAUAGAUAUACAUAUGUUUGGUGAGUUUAAUGAGAGAAUAGCGCGACGAUACAUAUGGAAUGAUGCAGGGAAACACUCAUCAACUGAUAAUUUAUCUCUGAUCAUGCUCAAGCAACCAUUCAGCAAUUUCUUGGUAAAUGAACAUUUAAUACGUCUUUUGAGAAAUUAACAGAGUUCUAUUUUGCUGGAUCGCAAUUUGAAAGACAAGAAACGAAUACAGAGAAUUAAAAGGGAUCAAAUAUACACACAUACAUACAUACAUACAUACAUACAUACGUACAUACAUAUCGAAUUGUUGUGUAGCUCCUGAGUUUCUGAAGCAUUCACUACAUACAUACAUACAUACAUACAUACAUACAUACAUACAUACAUACAUACAAACAUUCAUAUAUAUCGAAUUGUUGUGUAGCUCCUGAGUUUCUGAAGCAUUCACUAGACUAUAUUCCGUAUUUAAAGAUAUUUUAUUAUACUAUCUUGAACACUGAUAUUUUUUCAGAUGCAUGGAUUGUUAGUUUAAUUAUACCCAUGCUCGAAUCUGGGGACACCAUGGGGAAAAUAUUCUUUUUUUGUUGAAGAAAGAUUAAGAAUAUAAACGUAAGUAAACGUGAUGUUAGCAGCAGACUAUAUGUUUGUACUACAUGCCCUCUCCAAUAAAUACUCACGAAAACCU